AUGAAAUAUAUAAUUUUGAUUGCUCUUUUCGGCUACUGUCUAGCAAUCCGCCAACAAUCUGUGGCUAUUACGGGAAAAUUGAGAUGUGGAGCUGGACCAGCAUCUGGAGUCCUAGUAAAGCUUUGGGAUGAAGAUGACGGCCCGGAUCCCGAUGAUCUGCUCGAUCAAGGCUAUACAGCCGCCGACGGCAGCUUCACCUUGAAGGCAAGGAAAAUAUUCAAUUUCCUUCGUUUGCUUCUUCCCAUGCAAGGAUCGGAACGCGAACUCACUACAAUUGAUCCCGUUUUCAAGGUAUACCAUGACUGUGACGACGGAAUCAAGCCUGGCAAGCGAAAGGUCAAGUUCCGCAUCCCUAAUUCCUACAUCACUAAUGGACCUGCUGCUAAACGGACAUUCGAUAUCGGAGUGCUGAACCUGGAGACGAUCUUUGCCAAAGAAGAGCGUGAUCUUAUCUAA